ACAGCGGAGAGCAGCGUGGGAAGCCAAAUCUGGUUUGGGUGUCGUAGUCAGUGGGUGUGUUGUGCUGUGUGAGAGCAGCGGUGUGGGGCCAAGACUGGCCAGUGAUUCUGUGAGUCGUCUCUCACGUGAUACUCAACUUGUGCGCACAACUUGCCUGCUCGAAAGCUGUUCUGCUUGUGAAUCAUCGUUUUCAUUGUUUAAGUUCUGUAUCUGACAAUAUCUGGCUUAGAAAGGUAAAUCUUGCGGUCUCUAGCAGGAUGUCUUCGACCGAGGAAGACAAAGGUAGCACCCAGCACGUUGCUUUCCAGAUGGUGGAGCCAAUAGAGAUACAGAUAGAGACGGGGGAGUCGAACCCGCCCAAAGUUAUAGCUGUCGUCAAAAAUGGCGUAACUCCUGCAGACGAGUCUGACGAGGAGAGGGACAAGCUGCCCUUCCUGAAGAGACAGUCUCGUUUUUCUACGGUGUCGUCGCCUGGCUUCCUCAGUAUGAACUCCCGGCCGUCGUUUGGAGGCAUGUCGUCACGACCGUCGUUCGGAGGCAUGUCGUCGAGGCCAUCGUUUGGAGGCAUGUCGUUCGGGAACUUGAGUUCGCGGCCAUCAAUGGUGUCCCUUCGCUCCACUAUCUCCAGGGUCAACAGCGAACUCUACCCUGAACGAGGGUCCUUCGUGGCCUUCGGCUUGGGACAGUCUUUGGCAGACUUUCCCCCGUUGGCUCAAAAAAUGUACAUUAUCACCCAGGUACUGGCUGCUGUGUCUGUAGCUAUGGGAUCGAUGGCAGUUGGGUUCAGUGCUGCCUACACCUCCCCCGCCCUGGCCUCCCUCAGCAGUGCUAACUCAACUAUCAACGUGACGGAGGAAGAGAAGUCUUGGAUCGGCUCACUAAUGCCCCUCAGUGCCCUCACGGGCAGCAUCAUAGGUGGCUACCUCAUUGAUGCCCUGGGCAGGAAGAUGGUCAUCUUGCUGUGCGGUCCUCCCUUCAUACUAGCUUGGCUGUUGAUUGGUUCAUCAGUAAACAUCAUGAUGAUCUACGCUGGUCGUGUAGUGGGUGGUGUGUGUGUUGGUCUGCUGACCCUCACUCUGCCCGUCUACCUGGGAGAGACAAUACAGCCGGAGAUCAGAGGCAUCCUGGGCCUCCUCCCGACCACUUUCGGCAACGCUGGUAUCCUGGUGUGCUUCGUGGUGGGUACUUAUGCUAACUGGUGGGUGCUGGCCUAUGCUGGUGCUAUCAUCCCUUUCAUCUUCACUGCUAUGAUGUGUUUUGUGCCCGAGACUCCACGAUGGUACAUCUCCAAAGACCGUGUGGAUGAUGCUCGCUGUUCGUUGCUGUGGCUGCGUGGAUCCGAGUCCGAGGCUGAGUACGAGCUGGAGGCCAUCCAUGACAACUUCGAGUUCUCGAGGCAGGAGUCAUCCUCGCUGAAAGACAUAUUUAACCGGAGACAAAUCCGUCCUUUCCUGCUGUCACUGGGUCUUAUGAUGUUUCAGCAGCUGUCAGGCAUCAAUGCUGUCAUCUUCUACACCGUGUCUAUCUUCGAGAUGUCUGGCUCCUCCAUCAGUGGCCAUCUGUCCACCAUCAUUGUAGGCAUCGUCAACCUGCUGGCCACCUUCAUUGCCAAUGCUCUCAUUGACAAACUGGGAAGGAAGAUAUUACUGUACAUCUCCAGUGCCCUGAUGGUCUUGUCUCUGGUAUCUCUUGGAGUUUAUUUCUACCUCAAGUCGACAGUUGAUGAUGAGAUGAUGGACGAGGCACAUGAGCAGUGGGAGACAACAAUCAAAUCUUUGUCAUGGUUGCCACUUGUUAGUUUCAUGGUCUAUGUGAUAGCUUUCUCGCUAGGCUGGGGUCCCAUCCCAUGGCUCUUCAUGGGCGAGGCUCUUCCUGCCAAGAUAAGAGGUCCUGCUGCCUCUGUCAUAACAGCUUUUAACUGGUCUUGUACCUUUCUCAUCACCAAAACCUUCCCGGUAAUGGUAGAAGCCAUGGGGCCUUCAAAUGUAUUUUUCAUGUUCUCGGGAAUUAUGAUUUUUGGUUCACUAUAUGUAAUCUUCUUCGUGAUAGAAACUAAAGGUAAGACUCUUGAAGAAAUUGAGGAGGAGCUGUCUGGGAGGAAGGCUCGAGCCAACAGGAAAAUCAGUACCGUCUCUGGUCUUCACAUGAAGUGAUUGUGUUCUCAGGUAAUGAUGGGAUGCACUCAGCCUUCUUUAGACAACUCCUUCACUUUAUUGACUAGGGUGAAGGAACUCUGUGAAGUCACAAGAUGAUAUUCCUCAGCAGUGAUGGUCUCCUCAGUAGUGAUGGGCUCCUCAGUAGUGAUGGGCUCCUCAGUAGUGAUGGUCUCCUCGUAGUGAUGGUCUCC